GAAAAUGUGUUUCGCAAUUUUUUUUGAGGUUUAAAAUCAUUGAAUUUUAUGAAAAACUUUGAUAUGGGGGAAAAGUGGGGGUUUCUCUCACGUUUUUUUCUUUAUUUUCAAGUAAAAAAUUACGGAAAUUCUCUUCUACCGAAAAUGAAUUUGCGAAAUUUUUUUUUUUGAACGUUAAAAUUAUCGGAUUUUAUGAAAAAGUUUUGAUAUCAGAGGAAAGUGGAGUUUUUUCUCACGUUUUUUUCUUUAUUUUCGAGUAAAAAAUUACAAAGAUUCUCUUUGCGAAAUUUGUUUUUAAUUGGCUUUAAAAUUAUCGAAUUUUACAAAGAAAUCUCGAUACGAAAAAGGAGUGAACUUUUCUCUCACAUUUAUUACUUCAUUUUCAAGCAAAAAAUUGCAAAAAUUUUCUCUACCGUCCGAUUCCUCAAAUUGUGCAAUUUUUAAAAUUUUCCGUGUGGAGUUAAAUUUACAGAUUUUUUUUACCUCUAAAAUUAUCAAAUUUUACGAAUAAUGUUCUGUUGAAUACCCCACCAUUUUAAUUAUAUUUCAUUAUGCUUUUCCCAUUUAAUUCAGUAGAGUUUUCCCCCAACAACCCCAUGGACUUCACCCAAACCAUUUAAUUGUUAUUUGCGACAUCAAUUCGACACUUGGGACAAUUUCCUCGAUCAUAAAUGAACCUUUGGGUCCCUCAGUACUUCAACAUAUCCGGAUCCUUUUUUUCUCUCCCAUCACUUCCUUCAAAUUUGGUCUCUAGGGCUAAUUCCCGUCACUACCAGAAAUUCUUCGGUCUCCCAAAACCGUAAUAAACCCUCGGGGAAUCCCCAGAAAUUUCUCCAUGACAUCACAACAUAACCUUCAUGUUUCCUUCAGCCCCUCCAUCAACUCAGGGUUGAUACACUCGAGCUACCAAAUUAAUAUCACUCGAGAUGUGAUUUUUUCACUGAAGUCCCUCCGGGUGUUGGUUUGUCACUCGAUUAAUAAAAACUGCGUGAGAGGAAAGUUAAUUGAUAAGGGAAACUAAUGAAAAUAAUCGAAUUACACUGACACUGGGGUACUCAAAGUUCUAAAAUGCUAUUUUUUAUUGACCACGGCUUUUGCGUACACUUGAGAGAUACAAAACUUAAGAUGUCACUCCAACUUCACUUCCAAAAACGAACCAACUCCAUCUUUCCUUUUUUCUCGUGAGAGUGUCCGAAGAAAGAGCAGGGAAUUUGCUGUACAACAAUUAUUUGUCGUUUUUCUGAUUGGGGGGCCAAGAAUCUUCGAACUCAUUGGUGUGAUCUAUUGAUGGUGGGAGUAGAGAGGGUGUGAUUUGAAGAAAGGGAGAAAUUUGACAUUUUCGAAGUCAUAAAUUCCCGGCCAGAUCCUUCUGGAAGUGUGUUCAGCGUAUGGGUGCUAGUAAAGUUGGGGAGUUUCCCACCAUAAAUGACGGGUUCGGAGGUUGUUGGUCUUCGCCCGCGAUUUUAGGGUUGACAAAAAUAGUGAAUUGCUGAAGAGCUGAUGAGUUUUGGGGAACAAGAUUUUUCCCAGACGACCAGCAGCUUUGUCCAAACUACUAGGUCGUGAUUUUCUCUGGAAUUUCCGGAUUAGACGGAUGAAAAAGAGGAUUAAAAUUGCUGUUAUUCGCGUCCUCUUUCUUCUGUCGCUCUCCAAAACGUAUGGAACUAAUACGUCAUGCUGGUCAAGGACAUUCUCGCAAAAAUCCGCUCUGAACGGAAUAACAAUCAAAUCGAUCAUCAGAGCGACGAAAUUCCAUCGACAUCCGAUCAAAUCGAGAACUUCAAAAGUGCCGCGACAAAAUCGCUGAAUUACGAGAAAAAUUACGAUAUCCAGGAUUUCCAAAUUGCCGAGGACACCACAACCUGGUCCUCCGUCGCCGUCGCCCGUACGAACGUCAACGUCAACGCAACAAAUUUUAAUAGCAUCAUAAAUAACAACAAUCUGUCAGUGUCGAGAUCAUCUCUGAGCAGUUCCGCCGAGAGUUUAUCGGAUUACGAGGCCCACGAGUUGCCUGGGUCUUCGGACUGUUCGGAUAAUUGUGAAGAGGAUAGUGUCCCCGCUUCGCUUAGAGGAAUUGUACAUCCGAAAGGAAGCAUAAAUCUGAAAUAUCCAGGGUUGGAGCACUUGCUCCCUUGGUUUCUAGCAAAGCUUGCUAGCCUUGAUUUCGAAAAAGCCAGAAGAGAGCAUAAAAAUUCAAAUCUUUCGGAUCCGGACAGCCUAACUGCCUUCUACGCGAGCGCCCUAUCCACCUCGGAGAACAAUCUGAAUGAUGUAAAAAGGAUCGAAGACAUCCACAUCGAGAUACAAGAGACCUCCACCUGGAAGGACACCUUCUCACUGCCUGAGGUGCACCAGACGCAUUGGAAUAAUAUUCCCGUCGAGAUUGAAUUCGCUGAUUUACAAUCGAGCUCCACUGAACGACCGCAAUUUGCGCAAAUUGAAGAAAUACCACCCGAGAGUGCGGGAAAAAAUCCAGAACAAGAUAGUGAGACCGAAGAACCAGUGAUUGAGCACAUCGACGUGAUCCCGAAGGCGACGGAAAUAUCGCUGGAGGGAAAACCUGACGAGUCGGAGACUACUACAGACUCCGAGGGUUUAUCUGAAGAGCCAUUGCCGUACAAAAAACUGCAGGAGAUUGAUCUCCUGUCCAGCAUUGGCCAGGACAUUGGGGUUGACCUUGAGAAGUACGUUCAACCAGUCCCCGACGUGGUGGCUAUGGAGACCGUUGAUGUUCACUCCCGAGCACUUCCUGGUCUGGUGAAGGACACUUUGAGGGAGGACACUAAUAAACUGGUGGAUCUCACUCAAGACGCAGAACUCAGUGUCGACUGCCGGAAGAAGGAGAAGAUGGUGAGGAAUCAGGCACGACGACGUCAGCAGGGACAUGGACCCCAGCGCCACAACGGGAGAACCGACAAGUGGAGGAUGGAGCAGGUGGAGAGGGCGGGUGGUUUCGAUGUCUACAACAUCGAGACAGCCAUGCCAAAAAUUGAUCUCGACGCCAUCGAGUCACAUCUGCGGGCGGCACGGGAAGAGGAGCGUCGGCGUCGAAAUGAUCGCGAGGAAAUCCGAAGGCGUUUGGCGAUGGGACCGGAUGCAGACGAUAUUCGAUUGGAACGCGGACGAAAGCCAAGUCUACAAUCACGCCUACAGAGUGGCAUGAACCUGCAGAUUUGCUUCAUGAACGAAACUCCCUCUGACACUGAGUCACCGAAUUCGGACUCUGAUCUGCCACUGAAUGCUAAACAUAAUCAGGGUAAUGGUUAUCAGUCGAGUGGUGCUGCUAGGCCUCAAGUUCUGAGUCUUCCACCACUAAGACUGGAGACCGAUAUAUCGAGCGCACCACUCGAUGAGGCCGAUUUCUUCGCGAGACAGGCGAGACUCCAGACCGAGGCGAGAAUGGCGUUGGCUCAAGCCAAGGAGAUGGCACAUAUGCAGAUGGAGGUAGAGAGACAGAGACUUAAGCAAAGUCCCAUCACUGAGAUGGUGCGGUGCAGUUUGGAGAAGGUCGGUCUACAAUUAGGCGAGACGAGACGAAGAUUAUCGAGGGCACUUCUCACAGAAUUGAACGUAGCUCAACUCCAAGUGAUAGCGAACGAUCUUCACGCAAGAAUCGCUGUGCUAAAUGAGGCCCUCGUCGAGGGCCUUCUCCGACGAGAUGAUCUCCACAUGGAACAGGACUCGAUGCUCGUCGAUGUCGAGGACUUGACCAGAUACCUGGGAGCCAAGCAGGAGACAUUCAAAAAUCGAAAUGUCAAGGAGCCACUGAAAAAUCAGGGAAAUCAGUUGAGACAAAUUGUGCCAUUAAUGAGAACGAGAUUCAGUCAUCGGGCUCUUGUGGGCUUCGUCAGGAAGUAAAUCAUCAGAUGCGGCACAACAACGAGUUUAGACACGUGAACAUCUUACCACGUGCAUCACAGGGAGAGAAAUAGUCAGUAAAAAUGUCAGAAGAGAAACGUUGAAAUUGGGUUACGUAAUUCGUAAAGAGAGUUGACUAAAGUAGAGGUUUAGUUGUGGGGGUUUGAGUGACCCCAGCGGUAUCGUAGUACCUCACCCCAGGGGAGAGAGGGCGCCACGCGGAAUGGUGGGGGGUCUGCCCGUCACCUGACUCAACAAUGGGGAACUUGCAUGAUUUUUUUUUAUUUUUUUUUUACAUAGUUAAUGGUCCUAAUAAUAGAUUUUUCAUGAAAAAACAUUUAAAAAAUCGUUUAACAAUUAAUUAUCGAUUGUUCAAAAAGUGAAAUUUUCAAAUGCUCCAAAAGUUGUCAUGACGUCAUCAGGCGGGUCCUAUACUUCCGCAUGUGGCGCCAUCUACCGGAUCAUAGAUUCCUACCGUCGGUAUAUCAAAUUUACCUAACCUUAACUGAUUAAACCUAUUUAAACUGAUUUAACCUUAACUGAUUAAAACACUCACAAAUACUCCAAAAUGUCAAAUGAUAGGGAAAAAGUUAAAAAACAACCAUACAAUUAUUGUUUUGUACCAUCGUGUGCGAACUCAACUGUGUCAACACCGAAUAAUGUGUUUAUAACAGUUCCUGCGUGCAAAAAUAUUCGAAAAUUGUGGUGUGAAGCCGCAGGUUAUUCUCGCCCAUUACUGGGCAGAAGUGACAUUUAACAAUAUAACCUCUACUGUUUGUUGACACCGGCUGACGUUUAGAAAAAUAUCAGUGCUGUCAUCUAGCGGCUGCAAUAAGAACCCGGAGUCACCGCCUGAUGACGUCACGAGCGUUAAAACAUGGUUCAAAAUUAUGCAAUUUUCGAUUGAUUGUUAAAAAAAAACUGCAAUGAGUUAGAAUGCAUUUUUCAUUGGAGAGUAUUCCAUAGGCGUUAAACUAUUUAUUAAUACAUUUAUUUCUCAAAUCUGGGCCGCAUGCAAGUUCCCCAUUCCUCAGUAUCAGUCCCGCUACUGAGUCACCGAAUUUUUUUUCCAUUGAAAUUAGGUAACACUAGGAUGAACAGAAAGAGGAUAUGAGGGGCCUUCUGAAACAGAAAAGUUAUUUGUAUUUUGAAAUGAACUCAAAUGUGACAAUUCUUUUUGAUAUUUGUUUUAUUGUCAGGUUCUUCCUUUUGUAAAUUAAUUACAACAGAAAAAUCCUGAUUAUUAGUGGCUAAAUUCCAUGUAUUAAAUGAAAUAUUGUCAAAUCAAGGUCACAAGUGUAUGGAGACAAUUUCGAAAGAAUUGAGCAAAAGAAAUUAUGUACAACAUAUGUAGCCAAUUGGGAACGAAAUUCCCUUUUUGCAGGUUUGUAACAACAUAACGAUUGAAAAUUGAGCUCCGAAAUUUUGAUUUUUAAUGAUGGUACACUCGAAAUACCGAAUUAAUAUCAAUCGAGAUGUGAUUCUUUCACUGAAGUCUCUCCGGGUGUUGUUUAGUCACUCGAUUAAUAAAAACUGCGGGAGAGGAAAGGUAAUUGAUGAGGGAAACUAAUAGAAAUAAUCAAAUUCCACUGACACUGGGGUACUCAAAGUUCUAAAAUGCUAUUUUUUAUUGACCACGGCUUUUGCGUACACUUGAGAGAUACAAAACUUAAGAUGUCACUCCAACUUCACUUCCAAAAACGAACCAACUCGAUCCUUCCUUUUUUCUCGUGAGAGUGUCCGAAGAAAGAGGAGGGAAUUUGCUGUACAACAAUUAUUCGUCGUUUUUCUGAUUGGUGGGCCAAGAACCUUCGAACUCAUUGGUGUGAUCUAUUGAUGGUGGGAGUAGAGAGGGUGGGAUUUGAAGAAAGGGAGAAAUUUGACAUUUUCGAAGUCAUAAAUUCCUGGCCAGAUCCUUCUGGAAGUGUGUUCAGCGUAUGGGUGCUAGUAAAGUUGGGGGGUUUCCCACCAUAAAUGACGGGUUCGGAGGUUGUUGGUCCUCGCACGCGGUUUUAGGGUUGACAAAAAAUAGUGAAUUGCUGAAGAGCUGAUGAGUUUUGGGGAACAAGAUUUUUCCCAGAUGACCAGCAGCUUUGUCCAAACUACUAGGUCGUGAUUUUCUCUGGAAUUGCCGGAUUAGACGGAUGGAAAAGAGGAUUAAAAUUGCAGUUAUUCGCGGUCUCUUUCUUCUUUCGCUCUCCAAAACGUAUGGUAAUUUAGAAUAUUUUCCUUUUCUGGAGAACAAUAAAUUAUAAUUAAACACAAUUGGAUCAUAAAUAAAAAUAGAUUUGUUGGAGACGAAACACCCGUUGUACAGUCGUCGAUUAUGUGUAAACAUCAAAUUCUGUUAAAAUAAUAUCGACUGCUUAAAACCUUCGCCUGAGGGCGAUUCGAGACAUUUCGCAAGAGCUCUGACUCCUCAGAAAUAACUUAAUGACCCGCAGAGAAACGUCGAAGAUGACAAAAAUUAUAAACUCGUUAAUGUGUUACCAAAAAAUAGAAUUUUUCAAAAAUUACAUUUUUCCGAAUGAAGAAAAUCGCAGAAGUAAAAAUGGCAAUUUAUGUGACAGAAUAUUAUUCCAUUAAUGCGAUCGAUCAUCUUUUUGUGGUCGUUAAAGACUCGAUAAAGGGGUAAAGAUCGAUAAAGUCUCGACAACGACUCACAAGUUCUGAAGAACAUGAAAUUGCAAUUAACUAGAUGCGCAGCACUGAUCGAAAACGUGUUAUCACUGCGCAUUUUCAAGGAUCUCCUCACAAAAUCCUGAGGAAAUCCUUGAGUUCAUCCUUAAUGCUCCCUCGAAUGUCGGUCCGCCGACAUUCGACGAGAAAUUUUGUAGAACGUAUUCAACUUCCGGGAAGUUUCAAAUAUGGCGUCGCAGUCAUUUUGAAACUUUUCCUUAAAUUUGACUGGUCUCGGAAAAAUUAAGUGUCGACUUCGCAAUUUUUCUGCGAUAGACCAAAGAAAUUACGGUAGUUUCAGAAUUAUUCGCUUUUGUUGUCUACAAAAACCGUAAAAUAGCACUCGCUCAUGGAUUACACGACCAGUUCCGCAAUUUUUACUGACGAUUUCUCUCCGCCCACGCGAAUUAAAAUGACGAAUAAGAAGAUAUUGAAUUUCCGAAACUAAUAAAAAUCGAUUUUUACAGCUUUCUCGACAAUUUUAUCGGCGACUAUUAGACUAGAGGAAACGAGUGACGUAUUUCUAUUGUAUCCUACGAUUUAUGACGACAAAUCGUUCGUCGUGAUCGACAAACGUAACGUUUUAUUCUCCCUCUCCCUCAUGGCUGUGCACAAAGAGGAUUGACUAAAGUAGAGGUUCAGUUCUGGGGGUUUGAGUGACCCCAGCGGUAUCGUAGUACUUCACCCCAGAAGAGGCAGGGCGCCACACGCUAUGUUGGGGUGUCUGACCGUCAGUGGACUCGACAAUUUCUGAGGAGCAGUCCCGCUGUCAGGGGGACGGGUUAAAAAUGGAGGUCUAGUCCUCUGCGGCGUCGAAAUGUUUUUUUUUUUUCAUUGAAAUUAGGUAACACUAGGGUGAGAUAAAGAAGGAUAAAUCCUCAAAAAAAAUAUCCCCCAGAUGAAUCUUAAUUUUUCAUUUUUUAAUUUAUUUCAGACGUAUUUUGAUUUCAAAUAAAAAUUUCCGAAAAAAAGGAUUGAUUUUUAUUAAAUUAUUUACUAUAUUCGGUUUUUUUAUAUCGAUGAAUAAGUUUUGUUUUAUUUGGGGAAGGGGAGAGGGGCUUAGCCCCCCCCCCUAUUUUAAUUUCAAAUGAAAACUUACGAAAAAGAGGAUUUACAUUUAUUAAAUCAUUCACCACAUUCAGUGUUUUUAUAUAAAUGAAUCAAUUUUCCUUUAUUUGGGGGGAGGGGCUUGGCCCCCCGAUCCCCCCCUAUUUUGAUUUCAAAUGAAAACUUACGAAAUAAAGGAUUUUUUUUUAUUAAAUUAUUCACGACAUUCAGUUAAAAAAAAAAAAUUAUAAUUUUUAUUUUAUUUGGAGGGGGGGCUUAGCCCCCUUUCCCUAUUUUCAUUUGAAAUGAAAACUUCCGAAGAAGUCCGCAUUUAUUUUUAUCAAAUUAUUCACCACAUUCAGUGUUUUUAUAUAAAUGAAUAAUUUUUCUUUUAUUUGGGGGGAGGGGCUUCGCCCCCCGACCCGCCCCUAUUUUGAUUUCAAAUGUAAACUUCCGAAGAAAAAGGAUUUAUUUUUAUUAAAUUACUCACCACAUUCCGUUUUUUUAUGUAAAUGAAUAAAUUUUCUUUUUAUUGGGGGGAGGGGCUUCGCCCCCCGACCGCCAUCUUGGUUUUAAAUUAAAAGUUCCGAAGAAAAGAAUUUAUUUUUAUUAAAUUUCUCACCAUAUUCAGAGUUUUUUUUGUAUAAAUAAAUAAAUUUUCUUUUUAUUGAGGGGGGGGCUGCGCCCCCCGACCUCCCCAACCCCAUCUUAAUUUCAAAUGAAAAAAUUCCGAAGAAAAUGGAUUUAUUAUCAUUGAAUUAUUAACCACAUUCAGUUUUUUUAUAUAAAUGAAUAAAUUUUUCUUUUUAUUGAGGGGGGGCCUCGCCCCCCCUUCUCCAUCCUCAUCUUGAUUUCAAAUGACAACUUCCGAAGGAAAUGGCUUUAUUUUUAUUAAAUUAUUCACCACAUUCCCAGUUAAGAAAAAGAAAAUUAAUAAUUUUUAUUUUAUUUCGGGAGGGGGGGCUUAGCCCCCUCCCGCCCAUUUCCAUUUCAAAUGAAAACUUCAGAAGAAAAAAAAUUUACUUUAAUCAAAUCACUCACCACAUUCAGGUUUUAAAAAUAUAAAUUCACAAUUUUUGUUUUAUUUGAGGGGGGCGGGGCCCCCCUGACCCCCACCCCACACCCCGCCCCUAAACCCCUCUGCGUUAGUACAUAAAAAAAGGGGGGAGGGUGGUUUGCUAAGCCCGAAGAGAGAAGGACAACGAGGAUGAUAUCCGCGCCGGGGGCGGGGGGUAUUGUUUACCAGAGCUAUCGUUUCCCCCACCUUUUCUGCUCAUCCUAGUGUUACCUAAUUUCAAUAAAAAAAAAAUUUCGAUGACUCAGUAGCGGGAGUGUUCCUGAAGAAUUGUUGAGUCGGCUGACGGACAGACCCCCCACCUCCUGGGGUGAGGUACUACGAUACCGCUGGGGUCACUCCAACCCCCAGAACUGACCCUCAACUUCAGUCAAUCGUCUUGUGUCGUGCAUGCGUCUUUCAAAUUAUUCACCUCUCAAAUUAAACGAAAAAAAUCAUCAAUGAUAAUCAUUGAUUUUUUUUAGAAUUAUCGAGAUGUAGAUCUCCGAUUGUGUAUAUAAUCUUACGAGUUAUAAAAAACCAAUUCAACACUUAUAACAUUUUGUGUGACUUUCAUCCCCAAUUACCGAGUUGCCAGCCAACUCCUAGUCGCAUUAACGACGUAGAUAAACAAUUUAUUUUCCUUCAUCAUAAACGAUAUUGAAUAGUCGUAAUUAACGACGAAGCGACAAUUUCCACUAGAUCCAUAAACUAAUAAUCAUAAAAAUGAAAAAUAAGAAUUUGCAUAUUAUCUACAAAAUAGUUUUAAUCGUAAUAAUAAUUGAUAUUAUACAGAUUGUAAAUAACUAAACAAUAAAAUAUGGUGUAACAAGUU